AUGAUGCAAAAUGACUCUGAACUGCAAUCCUGGUGGAAGGAACUACGAGAAGAGGGUCACGGCGACAAAAAAGAUGAGCCUUGGUGGCCUAAAAUGCAGAAACGCGAAGAGCUGAUAGAAACAUGCACCAUAAUCAUAUGGAUAGCUUCAGCUCUCCAUGCUGCUGUCAACUUUGGACAGUACCCUUAUGCAGGUUUCCUUCCUAACCGCCCAACUAUAUGCCGCAGAUUCAUGCCUAAAAUGGGAACUCCUGAAUAUGAUGAACUUGACUCAAAUCCUGACAGAAUGUUCCUCAAAACAACCACUGCUCAGCUGCAGACCCUUCCUGGCAUUUCCGUUCUGCUAUUACUAGCUCUCCUACCACAAUUUUGA